AUGGCUAUGUCGCACGGCCAUGCCAUGAGCAUGAAGCCGUGGCUAACACAGCCGGUCGUGCUACACUCGUCGCGAACACACAAGUGCUCACUCAACACGACUGCACAGUGCGAGUGGCAGCAAGGCUACUGGAGAUUCUGGUACGAGGCCGAUCACCACUUUGCACUGCCUACCGUCGCCCUAUUCCUGGCUACCAUCCUCCUGUUCGCAAUACCAUACACACUCUCGACUCUCUGGCCACGCGCCGGCUCAUCCUCAAGCAUAGUCCGUAGGGCGAAAGCCUCGAACAGGUACUUGGCGUACAAGCAAUUCAGGAUAGGCAGGCUCAACUGGAACUCUGCGCCUCUUGGUGUGCUACUUCUCGGUGCAGUGGGCACAAUCUACUUCUUCGCUAUGACUCUUGGCCCACGACCAUACUACUGGCCAAACCAAAAGAGCCCACCACUGUCGUUUGGCAACUCACCGCCAAUAGCUAACCGCGCUGGAUGGAUGAGUCUUGCCUGCCUACCAUUCGUCUUCGCUACCUCGCCGAAGUCGAACAUGAUUACCGGGUUGACUGGGGUCAGCCAUGAAAAGCUACAAGUCUUCCAUCGAUGGAUAAGCUACGCCAUGUUUGUACUGGCGCUGAUACACACCUUUCCAUUCAUCAUCUUCCACAUCUGGAAAGGCGACAUGAUGUUGGAGUGGAGGACGGACGUGGUCUAUUGGACCGGUACUGUUGCAAUCCUGGCACAGGCCUACCUUACCUUUGCAAGCAUGAGUCCACUGCGAAACAUGGCCUACGAGUGGUUCAAGGCUAGCCACUUUGUUGCUGCUCUACUCUUUGUGGUGUUCUUCUUCUUCCACUGCAACUAUCGCUUGUCGAGCUGGGACUACUUUAUCGCCACAGGCGUCAUCUACUCGCUGUGCUGGCUGCACUCCUCACUGAGAGUCUGGUUUCAGCAUGGUCUCGGCAAAGCAAGGAUUGACUUGAUGUCCAACGGCUUCAUCCGGGUGGCUGUUUCCACCAAGACCACAUGGAGAGCAGGACAGCAUUACUUUGUGCGGUUCAUGGGGAUUGGGAUGCAUGCUUGGACAGCACACCCAUUCACAGUGUGCUCGCUACCAACCAAGGCGCAUUACUAUGAAGCCGCAGACUCCGAACUCGUUUUCUACAUUCGCCCUGAAGGAGGCUUCACGGCUCGACUAGCCAAGUAUGCUGAGAAGCAUCCCGGAGCUCAGAUGAGAGUUAUGCUUGACGGACCAUACGGAGGCAUCGAUAUGCCUAAGUUGGAGCAGUGUGACAGGAUGGUAGUGCUUGCCGGAGGUUCAGGUGCUGGCUGGGCUUUGCCACUGAUCGAGACAUUUCUCCGGAGGAAGGACUGCGCUGCAUGCUGUGACGCUCCAGCUGAAGUAGCCAAGGACUGCAGCUUACCGUCCAUGCGAGUGAUCCUUGCAACAAGAGAUCUCGCCACCCGAAAUUGGUUCGAAGAAGCCGUCAGCGAGUCGCUAAAGAACUCUUUGAUUGGUACCUGUCCUCCGGGUCUGGUUGUUGAAGUGCACUACACUGGUGGUGAUGAGAACGCAGCUGCUCCGAAGAUCACUGGACAGUUCUUGAACAAGUUGGACGAACCGGAAAAGGCGCCAGAUGCACACCUGGUACCACGAAACGGCACUGGCUCGUCCGACUCUGAGUCAGAGGACGACAAAGACCAAAGAACCCGCUUUGCGCGGUCGCUCAAGGACUUCAAUGCCAGGCCGUAUCUGCCGACCGUGGUUGCUGAAGAGUGCGCGUCCGUGGAUGCAGCCACAUCCAUGGGCGUCUUCGUCUGCGGACCUCUGAGCAUGCAGAGCGAUGUUGCCAACGCUGUCGCACAGGAGCAGAUUGCAGCGAUGAAGGAUGGGAAGAGGGAUGUGUACCUUCAUAUGGAGCACUUCUCUUGGGCAUAG